UCGGCCCAAUAUUCGGCUAGCUUCAGUUGUUGGAUUUCCCUUUUGCUUGUGCACAAUCACAACACAAACACGAGCCAAAGUUGACCUACAAAAUAAAACCCCGGAAAAUGUCAGAUGUUUAGUAAAUAAGCCUGAUUAUCCAAGUUGAGAUUGAUUUUGUUGACAUGGCCUUCUUGUUGUUAUGCUUCGUGUCUUUGAUUAUUGUUCCGGGGGUGCCGGUCGUUGCCGAUCUUGGCAUUUUAUCAGCAAGAAUCACUGGUGAGAAUGGAGUGAAGUCAACCAAGGAAUACUGCAUAGCUUAUGGUGGUAAUCAAGUAAACUUGCCGAAGGAACCAAAGGAUUUAUAUCCUUUGGUGGACCUUGGUCAGUCCAAGCUAUGCACGAGUCCCAAAGAUGCCAGCAAGUUGAGUGGAGCAGUUGUAGAAGCACUCAGAGGCAAUUGUACCUUCUUGGAGAAGGGGUUGUUUGCCCAGGGAGCUGGAGCAAGAUCCCUGCUGGUUGUUACUGCUACCAAAAUUACAACUCCUGAUUUGAACGACUCAACAGAGCUUAAGAUCCCUGUUGCCCUGCUGGCUGCAAGUGACCAUAAAGAUAUCUGGGUGAAUGGAGGUCAAGUGCAGGCCGCAUUGUACGAUCCUGAACAUCCAUCGUUUGACUACAAUCUCAUUGUGAUUUGGUUCAUGGCUGUGUUUACCGUCGUGGUGGGAGGAUACUGGUCUGGAAUGACUGCACACAGAAUUGCAAUAAAAAAGAAGCGGCUGGCGGAGGGCGGAGAAUCUGACCGAGAUGUAGAAGGGGAGGAAGACUCUGACUCAGAUGCGGAGUCCGAAGAUGAAAUGCCACUGACUAUCACAUUACCCAUCGUUGUAGUAUGGGUCAUCAUGAUCAUGGUCAUGCUGCUUCUACUCUUCUUCUUCUAUGACUACAUGGUGUAUGUUGUGAUCACAUUUUAUUGUUUGGGAGCUUCUAAUGGUCUACACGCUUGUCUCUACCCGAUACUUAAACGCAUUAUGCCCUGCAAAAUAAGGCUACCAGUUAACAAGAUUCCAUUCUUGAGUUCAAGACCCUAUGUCUACAGCGUUAUACUGGCCUUUGCCUGCAUUGGUUGUGUGGUGUGUUGGUUCGUGUUCCGGCAUGAGACUUUUGCAUGGAUCCUGUUGGACCUGUUGGGCAUCGCGUUCUGCAUCAGCAUUUUAAAGCUCAUUCAUAUGCCAAACUUUAAGAUUUGUGUGAUUCUCCUGUCCCUUCUGUUCUUCUAUGACAUCUUCUUCGUCUUCAUAACACCUCUAUUUACUCAGAGUGGUGAGAGUGUGAUGAUAAAGGCAGCAACUGGAGGCAGUGGUGCCACUGAACAGAUCCCAGUCCUUCUACAGGUCCCACGGAUAACACAUUCAACAGCCAAGAUUUGCGGGACGUAUUCCAUGCUUGGUUUCGGUGACAUACUAAUCCCAGGACUGCUUGUUGGAUACUGCUGCUCAUUUGACUUUAAGAUCCACUCUCGUGUCAAGGUAUACUACAUAGCAUCGUGUGUAGCCUAUGCCGUUGGUCUCAUCAUAACCUUCGUAGCCCUUGCCGUGAUGCAGACGGGGCAGCCAGCACUGCUCUACCUGGUCCCCUGCACCGUAUUGACAACCCUCGUCCUGGCCGCUUUCCGACGGGAGCUCUCGGACAUCUGGCACGCAAGGAAAUCGAGUACUCAAACCAGAAGUGACGGCUCAUUUUCGGUUAACACAACUGAGCCCACAUCUAGCCCAACUCCGCAACACCCAGCAGGAGAUGAGUUCCUGGGUGGUUCAAGUUCACCAGACCCUUCAGGAACGUUACCCUCUGAUGACGCUGCUGCGAGAGACUCGGGACAGGACGGUCUCAAUCCAGAUGGCAGGAGUUGCCACGACGAAGGCGUAUCAGAGACAGAACCUUUGCUGUUGCCACUGGAUAAAAUCCCCAACACAUAUAUUGACUAAUGAUAAUAAUAAUACUCAAUUCUUAUAUAGAGCUUGAUCACACCCUAGGGGCAUAUCAAAGCACUCAGUAAUACUUCCUGCAAGGUAUGUGGAGCUACGUAUUGAAGUACGAGACAUAUUUCUUUAUAGCACCUUGUAAUGGUUUACAAGGUGCUGUGGUGCAAUAUGCAGCCGAUCAGACUAGAUUCUUGGGGGAAAGAAAGAUUCUUGGCGUUUGUAAAUAAGAUGUUUGUGGCUACACAUCUCGGCAAAUAAAGGAGAUUCAAAGAGCACUGUUUCUUCUACCAAAAAAGAAUUGCAACCCUGUGUGGCCAAACCGUCCCGCUAAAAUCGCCAGGGCAAAAAGGCUAUAGCCUCUGUGGGCUUCAUGUAAUUCCGGGCCUUCAUUCAGUGCUUUUAUUUCACUGUUAUAAAUUUUCCUCAUUUUAAAAUUAAGAACCCCAUUCCCCGACACAUAUCGGCAAAUAAAGCCUUGUCCAAGGUGGGUGUACUUUGGCUUUUAUUUUUUUUUGAGAUGCAUGACUGACACUUCCCAAGGGCCUGAGCUAAUGGCAAAUGGCCCAACUGAAAAUGUCAAAAUUCACCACUUGAAUUUGAAAGAUAGGUAGAUUUAUAACCGUUUGAUAAAUUAAAGCCUUGUCCGAGGUGGGUGUACUUUGGCUUAAAUUUUUUUUUGAGAUGCAUGACUGACACUUCCCAAGGGCCUGAGCUAAUGGCAAAUGUCAAAAUGCACCACUUGAAUUUGAAAGAUAGGUAGAUUUAUAACCGCUUUGAUAAAUUUGUUUAAAUAAUGGGAUUCACUCCCAUGGCUCUCCGACGGCCAUCAAGGCCUUCCAGUCCAGGCGAAAGGACGGACUGAAAAUGUCAAAAUUCACCACUUUAAGUUGAAGGUGGAUUUGUAACCACAUGGUUAAAUUUGUUCACAUAAAGCUAAAUAUUUCCUAAUAGCCCGACCAUUAGGUAUAAUAUCGUACUACGAUUCACUCCCAUGGCUCUCCUACGUCCAUCAAGGCCUUCCAGUCCAUAGAGCAAUCAAGGGUGUGAGCUGUGGCAAACGGACCGACUGAAAAUUUUCGAAUUCACCGCUUGAAUUCGAAAGGUUGACAUGGUGGAUUUGUAACUGCAUGGAUAAUUUUGUUCAAGUACAGCAUUGUUGUACACUACGCACAUUGUUUAUAGUUGUUUGUAAGUAACUAGUAAUACACUUGCAUAAAAAAAAAUACAUGUAGUUAAUGGCCGAACGUUUUAACCUUUGCAGUAUUUCACAAAGGCCUUUGAGAAAGACUCGUGCGAAAUGCUCGAGGGCUUGGUUGCAACUUUGUUCAAUAAAAUUAAAAUCGUACAUGUAAUCCAAUUUGUUGAAGCUUGUUCAUCUAAAAGUAGUACGUUUGUAAUAUUCCAGAUAAACUGUACUCCACUUAUGUUACAACAUAACCUCAUUUGCAGUUUUCAAAUUGUAAACUAAAAGGUGGAGCUUAAGAAACUCUUCCCAAGAGUUAAAAGAAAAAUAUUAUCAUGCAGUUGUUGGAAUCACUACGUGUAUGUAUAUCGGAGUUGCUCGUUGGCCCUGCUUGCAACUUUUGUUCAGUAAAACUUAAGACUUUAACUUGUUUUCUGUAGGGUUGUUCAUACAGUAGUGAAAUGGGUAAAAUUCUAGGCAAACUUGUACUUAAAAUAUUACAACAUAACUUCAUUUGCAGUUUUACAAUGGAUGAAUUAAAGAGUGGAGCUACCUUA